AGGCGGGAAGCGGGCGCGCGCUCCCUCCCGUUCCUCUCCGUCCGGAGUGGGGGAGGGACGGCGCGGGCCGCGGGGGCGCGCGUUCUUGAGCUGCGUGCUCGCGUACGUUGCCGGGCUUCGGCUACGUCCGUCCCGCCGCCCGCCCGUUACCGCCGCCGCGCUUUCCCUUCGCCGGCCGCCGCCUGAGGGGGGCCGGGGCCAGCAGCUGCCGCCGGAAUGCCGCGGGUGUACAUCGGCCGCCUGAGCUACCAGGCCCGGGAGCGCGAUGUGGAGCGCUUCUUUAAGGGCUACGGGAAGAUCCUGGAGGUGGAUCUGAAGAACGGGUAUGGUUUUGUGGAGUUUGAUGAUCUGCGUGAUGCAGAUGAUGCUGUUUAUGAACUGAAUGGCAAAGACCUCUGUGGUGAGCGAGUCAUUGUUGAGCAUGCCCGAGGCCCACGUCGGGAUGGCAGUUACGGUUCUGGACGCAGUGGAUAUGGUUAUCGAAGAAGCGGCCGAGAUAAAUAUGGUCCUCCUACCCGCACAGAAUACAGACUUAUUGUGGAGAAUUUGUCAAGUCGGUGCAGCUGGCAAGACCUAAAGGAUUACAUGCGUCAGGCAGGAGAAGUGACAUAUGCAGAUGCUCACAAGGGACGCAAAAAUGAAGGAGUGAUUGAAUUUGUGUCUUACUCUGAUAUGAAAAGAGCUUUGGAAAAGUUGGACGGAACUGAAGUCAACGGCAGAAAAAUCAGAUUAGUUGAAGACAAGCCAGGUUCUAGACGGCGCCGGUCUUACUCCAGAAGCCGGAGUCACUCAAGGUCUCGCUCUCGAAGCAGACAUUCUCGGAAGAGCAGAAGCCGCAGUGGCAGCAGUAAAAGUAGCCAUUCUAAGAGCCGGUCUCGAUCCAGGUCAGGGUCCCACUCGCGCAGCAAGAGCCGCAGCCGCAGCCAGAGCCGCAGUCGCGGUAAGAAGGAGAAAAGCCGCAGCCCCAGCAAAGACAACAAGAGCCGCAGCCGCAGCCGCAGCCCCGUCAAGAGCCGCAGCAAGAGCAAAGACCACGCGGAGGACAAGCUCCAGAACAACGACAGUGCUGGCAAGGCCAAGAGCCACAGCCCCGGCCGCCGCGACAGCAAGAGUCGGAGCAGGAGCCAGGAGAGGAGAGCAGAGGAGGAGAGGCGGAGGAGCGUGAGCAGGGGCCGCAGCCAGGAGAAGAGCCUUCGCAAGAGCCGCAGCCGCAGCAAAGCGGGCAGUCGCAGCCGCAGCCGCAGCAAAAGCAGGGACAAGCGGAAGGGCAGAAAGAGAAGCAGGGAGGAGAGCCGCAGCCGUAGCCGCAGCAAGAGCGAGCGCAGCCGGAAACAUAGCAGCAAGCGGGACAGCAAAGUCAGCAGCAGCAGCAGCAGCAAGAAAAAGAGGGACACCGACCACUCCCGGUCACCGUCCCGCUCAGUGUCAAAGGAGCGAGAACACGCCAAGGCGGAGUCUGGCCAGAGGGAAGGCCGUGCUGAGGGUGAGAGCGGGGCUCCCAAUGCAGAGCCCCGGGCCAGGUCGAGAUCCACCUCCAAAUCCAAACCUAAUCUCCCAGCAGAGUCGCGCUCCAGAUCAAAGUCGGCGUCAAAAACACGCUCUCGGUCCAAGUCUCCAUCCAGGUCUGCUUCCAGGUCGCCCUCCAGGUCCAGAUCCAGGUCCCACUCACGGUCCUAAGUGGCUGCGCCACGCUGGAACUGCCGAGAAGUUUUUGUACAUGUCGGUAGCCGUAGCGCAAGAGGAGUAGAACACCCGCCCGUCACUGCUGUACAUAACUCCCAAAGGCGUGUCUCAGUUGUUCGGUCUCAGUGCUUCCUCAGCACGCCUCCAGCGGGCGCCAGGCCUUCCCGCUCCACUGAAAAGCACCUCCUCAAACCUCCCUUUUCUCACAGUAGGACACCCAAAAGCCUGGCUUUUAGGCCUGGCCACGGCUCCAGGGAGCUCGGCACCUGUGCAGCCUCUCAGGCUGGAGUGGUGGCGUGGGUAGGUGUGGUGAAGCAGCCGUUAGCCCUCGAAUCGAUGCCCUUUGAUGUGUGCCACGUAGUGAAAGUGCAAGUCUUCAGUCUCCCACCACUUCGGUUUCCUGUUUCUGGACUUAACAGCGUUGUGAAUAGCACAGUCAAGAGAAAUGGAUACCUGCAUAGCCCAUAGGAAGUAACACUGUAGAGCUCAUAUUCUGGUAUUGUGAUUAUAUUGUUUUAUAUUAAAGAAAAGAAUUUUUUUUAAUUUUAUUUUUCCCCGUCUUGCAAAGUAUAGUGACCCCUGUUUCCAUUAAAUUUGAAUAAAGACUAUUUUUGCUUGACAAAA